AUGUGCAUCGCCAGACGAGUCCCUCGACCAGACAUAAAAAAGGUAUCUACCAGUAGCCCUGAUCUGGUUAGCCCGGACGUGGUCCCCAAAUCCGACAAGGAUCGGAAAUCCACCAAUCGAUUUCACGACGACGACGAGGAAGUCUCAGUGAACUCAAUAAAAAACCAUGUUUUUCUGGGCAAUGGAUACAUUCCCGAAACGGCCCGUGCGAGGCCAGUUCACUCGUCUCGUACGCGUGUGGUGGCCGCACCACUGUCCAAGUCAGACAGUCCAGCAGUGAGCAGGUUCCGUGUUCAAAAUGGUCUGAUGCGUCCUAGUCCGUCUCCGGUCAAUGUGCGAACAGAUAUCCCACUUGGGAAACUGCGAAAGAAUAACAAUGUGCUACGCGAGGCACGAAGCACGAACUCCGUGGAUAGGAGACAGACAACAAGAAACACGCACGCGAAUACUCAGGUUGGGGCAAUCAAAGAGUUUGAACCAGUUCCAGCUGAAUCUCAUUGUCCUAUUCCGGACGAAAAGGCCGAUCUGACUACAACAAAGCAUUCCUAUACGCCAGAAUGUGCCGUGUCCGCUUGGUUACUACAGUGCAAUAAUGCAUCGGUGAUUUUGGACGAAAAUGAUGGAGAUGCUGACGGGGUGGUUGUCGUUAAAGAGAUGGCAGAGGAUGACAGCGGGAUUCUGGUACCGGAUUCAACCGAUUUAGAAGUAAAACCGACGGAACCGAUCCUCAGUGGCGACCCGUUGUCAAUGGAAUCGAGCAAUCAGUGGAACGCUCUUUUUUCUCGUCCCGUACCGAAUAAAUUAGCCCAUUCGGGAAACUUUGAGUUCGAUCGGCAACAAUCUGAACGGGUUCGAGAAAUGUUUGAAGAGAUUGACCGCAUGCUGUUCGACGCUACUGGGACCAAAUCUCCUACACCAUCGAUUCAUCCGUCUGGUCGAAAACCGCGACAUGCAGACCGUUGGAAUGUGACUGCAGUGAUAUUUACUAACUUCAUCAGUUCUUGCGAGUUCAAACCCUGUCUAUUUGAUGCAUUCAUUCAAUUCAAAUACUUGACUUAUUACACCGAAGGUUCUCACAACGUGAAAUAUCCGACAAAUUUUGAAAGUUCCUCAAACGAGUUCAAUUUCGAUUUGAGUCAUCUGAAAGGUGAAUGUUUGGAUUGGCUUUCACGGUUUCCUCAUUUGCGCAUUUGUGGGGAACAGAUUGUUCCUACACGUGAUUCCGGAUUCCAGUUCUACACCUCACCCCAUGAAAGAAUCAAAGGUGAUGCGAACACGUUGUCCUCGAAAUGUGUGUCUCCAACAGAGUCAAAAACACCCCGAGCAACAGAUAAUGGCGAAGCUGAAAAAGGUGAGGUAUUCACACCGAAAAAUUCCUCCCUGGUGUCCCGGUUGAAUACAUGCAAUCUUCAGGACCCCGGACAAGAGGAGGAAGAAAUAUUUGCAAUUCACGGGGAAUACGAAGAGGUUAUUGCAAUUGAUAUGGAUACCGUUUCUCAUCCAUCGGCAAAAGAUGUGCGUAAACCUCAGCACCGGCGAACGAAACGAACCGCUCGAACGGACCCGGAUCCGGUAGAUUCUCCCAUGGCCUCGAUUGCGCUACCCAAUCGCAAAACCCAAUUGCCUCUGAAGCUUGUUCAGUUGUUGAACAAAGAAAUCAAUCGGGACUUGAUCGGCUGGUUGCGAACAUUGAUCCUAGCUGAUAAAUCCGCUGCUCGCACAAACGAUUUGAUGGCUACGUUGAAUACACCCAUUUCUAAUCCCAACUGGUCGUCACACUUCAGCCGUCUCAGUCCACAGUCCACACUGUAUCCAAUGGCCGUAGUGACCAGUCGUCCAUUGUCCGGAGUACAUUCGAAAAUUGUCCCCAAUUCAUCGCGCAAAUCCAUUCCAUCCACGUUACAGACAAACAAUGAUUCGAUUGCCGGGUUUAACUCGUCCACGCCCAGUGUGGUCGGUGUAGCCGCCGGUUUUCACCCAAUCGGGCGAUUAGCUCCUCUGGAUCGGGUUCGCACACCUAGCGGUUCCCGAACGACAUCACAUGCGGACGAAAAUAUUGUUCCGGGGCUAGAUAUGACGUCACAUUCCUCCAUACAUUGGAACAAAAACCCAUUCGGUUCCAGUGUGCACACCACCGUGCCAACUCAAACGUACCCAUCUCAACACGCCACUGUCCUCACAGCUCCACAACAGUCCACUUUCGGAUCAUCUAAUGCAACUUCUAUUCCAGUGGACCAUAUGCCCUCCCGCGGAAGCUGCACAUUGCCACCAUUGGGCACUGGGUCAGUAACCCUGGGAAUGGCUCACGGCAGUACAGGUUCAUCAGUUCCUAAUGUGCCUUCAUUACCGAAUCCGUCCAAAGGCAGUGCAAUCAGCACUCGACUCGGUCCAGUCUCUGUUCAGUCCAUCCCGCACGCACCACCACCACCACCAUCACAAUCAGCAUCAACUAGCCAACAGGUAUUCACGCCCCAUGCUCCCACCCCAUCUCACUCUCAUGCCCCAGCUCUACGUGGGACCAGUGCCAAUUUAGUGACACAACAAAUCAACAACAGUGGAUUGUUGCUUUUAAACCGUGGACAAAAAUCAUGGAACCGCAAAGCACGCACUACACGAGUGAAACCGCUCACAAAGUUGAUCGAACGUAUUUGCUUCGCUGCGGUGAUACGAUGA